UGCCAAGCAACCGCGAUGGCCGCCGCCAUUGUGAUACCCAGGGCCGGGCCGGGCCGGGUCAGGAGGGGUCAGGAGGGGUCCGGUCCGGUCCGGUCCUGUCCGGAGGGCCGGGGGCAGCUCCGUUUCCCUGGUCGCGGCCCCAUGGGCAGCGCCUACCACUGGGAAGCCCGCCGAAGGCAGAUGUUCCUCGAUAACCGCCGCCUCUGCCAGCUGCGGCAGGAGAAGGCUCAGCCGAAGCCGCCGCCGUUGGAGGAGGAGGAAGAGGAGGAGAAGAAGGGUCCGCCAGGGGCGGAGGUGGCGGCCGUCGUGAGCCAACCCAGCCAAGCCCGGUCCCCGGCCCCUCAGCCCGUCGGACAGGACCACACCCCCGGCCCCGCGCCCCUCUCCCUGCCCGUUUCAGAGUCCAGCCGCCCCAACCACAGGCCGAGCAUCCACCCCGCCCGCCAGAAGCGCUACUCGGCCAUGGAGUACGUGCAACAGUGGUAGCCUCGAACGCCUGGCGCCCCGCCCCCCCC